AUGGCCGAGGAUGGAGAGCGCAGGGCAGUGCUGGAGACGAUCCAGGCGGAUGGGACGGAUGGGAACUGUGUCACGUUCGUGCUGCACGACGAGGAUCACACCCUGGGCAACUCCCUUCGCUACAUGGUCAUGAAGAACCCUGACGUGGAGUUCUGUGGCUACUGCAUCACACACCCCUCUGAAAGCAAGAUCAACUUCAGGAUCCAGACCAGGGGAACCCUUCCUGCUGUAGAGCCGUUCCGGAAAGGGCUGAACGACUUGAUGGAUGUUUGCCAGCAUGUGCUCAACACCUUUGAGAAGAGCAUGAAGGAGUACAGGGCACAGAGGGAAGAGGAGAUGCAGUAG